ACGAGGACCUCAUUAGAGUGUCGGGAGCUUUCGCCUGUUCACAGCUUUGCGGAAACAGCGUAAAAGUCAAGCAAUAUUUAAAUGAAAUGAAAUUAUGUCAUAAUAUUAAGAUCUAAGUAUUUGAGUUAAGUCCCUCUGAGGUCUGGAAGUGACUGUCCUGAGCCUAGAGGGGAGUCGAUCGGGUGGCGAGCCAGAUUGGGGGGCUUCCUGGAGUUGCGAAAUAAGCCCCCUUUGGCGUCCCGGUGACUCCAGCGCCUCGGACCGCGGAGCUGCCUGGCGGUCCCUGCUCUCCGCUGGAAGCUACAAUACCGCUUUAUGAAAAGCUGACAUUAAAAUCUAGUUUAAUUCUGUCAAACCCGGGAACGGCGAUCGGGAAGCGUGGAGGUCCAGGAACAACAAACGCAAAAUUAGCAUCUUUACAGAGAAGGCCAGGUAUUUGGACAUCUUUUCCUUCCACUGGUCUCACUUGCCUCCUGGUCAGGGGUGUGGAUUUGAUCGUCUUUUGUAAUGAUUGAUUCCUAGAAGACUUCCUAAGGAAUAGGAGAGUGACAUUCCACCCAGAAUGGAAGUGUGUCCUUAUUGUAAGAAGCCAUUUAAACGAUUAAAAUCCCACCUGCCCUAUUGUAAGAUGAUACAACCAACGACACCUGCCGACCGAAAUGUUUGUCAGUCCAAGCAGACUGCACUCGCACGUGCCAAAAAAAUGAAAAGUCCAGUCAAAGACUUAAUUAAAACUAACGGGAAAGAGUUGGGGACAAAGAGUGAGAAAAGAAAUACUCAGCUGAUAAGGGAUAAACCAGAACAGACUAAUGAGUCCUUUCCACUACCAGCUAUUGGUUUGGAAAAAGCAAGUCAUACAAAGGCAGGAAAAGAAAUCAAGAAUCAAAUUCAGCUCUCCCUCAAAAUGUUAAAUCCUGAACCAAAGGAUUUGUUCAAGGGAGAAACAAAGGCUCAGUUUUAUGCAUCAAAGACCACUGUUCCUAAAAGAGGACUUGCCAAAGAUUUGCCUAAAUCACAGGAAAGCAAAAAUAAUGCUUCAGAAACUAAAGCAUCUUUACCUUUUGGCCCAAUGGAACCUUUGUCAAAUCAAGAUAGAAAAUAUUCUUCAGCCUUACCUAAUGAUGAACAAAUCACUUCUGCUGAUUUAAACUUGGACAAAAUUGAUCCCUCAAGACAGAAGUGUCUAGUAAAAUUACUAGAAAUGCCUACUGGAGAUUAUCAUAGUUCUCCCAUGAAUCUCAAUGAUGGAGGUAAAAGAAUAAGAACAUCACGUUCAAGCAAUGAGAGCAGUUCCAAAGCCAGGGACCACCUUUUGGAAGUCUGUUCUGAUGUUAGAGACUCUGAGAAUGAGGAAGAGAACAUGGAAUCACAAAGUUUAGGUUUUAAAGUUAGCCCAUUCGGUAAAAUCCAAGUCAAGGAGAACCCAGGAAAAGGACUUCACCUUGGAGUAGAAGCAUGUGGGAGCCAAGGACGGGCACAGAAAAGUGCAUCUGCUACAGAAAUGCAGGAAUGCUCUUCCACGAGCAAUGACUCUAAGAACUUCAGUACAGAUGAGUCAGCCGCAGAGAAGAAAUUUCAAGAUGAGGGUCCCAAUUUAAAUAAGUUCAUAACAAGGGAGAUGACUUGCAAUGAGUUUCUUCCUGUAUCACAGUCAUGUAAUCAAAAUCUUACCUCUCUGGCCAUAAAAUUUCUUCAAAAAGAGAAAGCAGAAGCCUUUGAUCAUGAUCAAGUCCAUGAUGUAAAGGCACUGACGGAGAGUGAGGAACAACCUUCCAUGGUGCCCAAAUCUGGUGUUGGGCCCCCUGCCUCACACCCUGAGUGCUGGCAGUCUUUAUCUGCUCCUAAGCAUUAUACUUCUAAAAGCCUCGUCACCAGGCAGAUGAAUAUUUUCGACAGGAAGACCCUUCCUAGCUCCCUGGGGCUGGAGUGGUUUCCAGAGCUCUAUCCUGGUUAUCUUGGACUAGGGGUGUUGCCGGGGAAGCCUCAGUAUUGGAAUUCAAUGGCCCAGAAGCCUCAGCUCAUCAGUCCAGAGGGGGAAAGACUGUCACAAGUUCCCCUGUUGGAAAGAAGUUCGACUACUCUGUGGAGUGGGGAACCCCCGACCAGGCCUGCCACCUCCAGUGUCUCUCUGACAAGGCUCUUGGGAGCUCUGCAGAAAGGCUGGAUCAAGUGCAGCACCUCCGUGAAGAGUGGAGUUGGUGGCAUCACGAUGCUCUUUACAGGAUACUUCGUUCUCUGUUGUAGCUGGAGUUUCAGGCAUCUGAAGCUGCCUCGCUGGCGGUAAUGGUGACCUGGACGCCACUUAAGAACGCCCUGGAGCACCAUGAGCAUGAGCUGCAGAGACUGUGGGACUGUUUCACAAAGCCUCCAAUUCUACUGGGGGCGGGAAGAGGGAGGGGAAAGAAUAAAUUAUU